AUGAUCUCCUUCACUUCCUUCCCCAUCAAACCAGAUUUCCUUGGACGAAACGUCCCAGCGGAAGAUGAGGAACUCAUGGACCUGGUCGAUGAAGAGCUGGACAUAGCUUCACCGUCCAGAGUGACUUGGCCGGGGGAGACGAUCGCAUCGUCUCAAGCCUACAUGCGCGGUCAUGGCACAUAUGUCGAUAAUGAAGAAGUCAUUGCGUCUGUCACUGGAACUAUCGAGCGCGUGAACAAGCUUGUCACCGUGCGGGCAGUUCAAUCGAGAUAUAACCCCGAAGUGGGGGAUCUUGUAGUGGGAAGGAUCACGGAGGUUCAACCUCGGAGAUGGAAAGUAGACGCCCACUCUCGCCAAGACGCUGUCCUCAUGCUCUCGUCGGUCAACUUACCGGGCGGUGUUCAACGGCGAAAACUUGAAAGCGACGAACUGCAGAUGCGGAAUUUUUUCGAAGAAGGAGAUCUUCUCGUGGCAGAAGUUCAGGCUUUCUUCGCUGACGGCGCAAUGUCGCUCCACACGCGCUCUUUGAAGUACGGCAAGCUUCGAAAUGGCCAACUCGUUUCCAUCCCUCCGAUACUCGUUCGGCGCCUCAAAUCCCAUUUCAUUUCUCUUCCUUGUGGAGUGGAUCUGAUCCUCGGAUUGAAUGGAUACAUCUGGGUCAGCAAGCACGUCAAAGAGAAUGAACAAGAGGGUGAAGAGGGAUUCGAUUCGGAGACGAUCUAUUCAAACCUCAAUGAUGACAUCGACGCAGCCACUCGUAGUGCCAUCUCGCGUGUGUGCAAUAUCAUUCGCAUCCUUGCGAGCCACUUUGUUCCCUUGUCAGACAUUCUCUUACUCGAGUCUUAUGAGUGGGCACUAGACAACGAGACCGACGCAAAAGGGCUAUUAUCGGAGGAAGUAGGCGAUGCCCUGGUAGCCUCAAUAACGGCGCAUAACUGA